UCGAGCAAACAGCAAGAGUGGGCGGGAGGGCUGCCGAGGGUUUCGGGGGUGCGUUUGAUUUCGUCCCUCAUGGUCGCCUCCCUCGUCGCCUGUACGGAAGAUGUCGUGCAUUGGCUACCGGAUUUCGCUGUCUUCGACUUCCACUGUCGUUCGGAAUUCGGCGUUCGGUUCACAAUUAAAGUUGAAGUUAGGAGGGGUACCGAGCCUUUUCUAUUUUCUAGUUCACUAUGGUGGUUUUGCUUCUCGGUGUUAAUUCGCGGGGCGUCGCCUAGCUUUUUGAUUAGCGUUUUAGUCCUUUUGCGUGAUUGGGAUCGGUUCGUAUUUCCUGCGGAUGAUUUUUGUUACAUCUCAAACCAAUUGGCUGUGGUUCUUUCUGAUUGUAUUAUGUAUGCGUUUCUUUACCUCUCCAUUAACAAUAUCCAUUCAUCACCAAAUCUGAUAUUAUUUUUUCAAUGUAAAGGAACUGGACACCAAAUGUAGAUGACAAGGUGUGAUUUUUAUUGUUUGUUAUUGUUUCUAUUUGUAUUUUAAGAUUCUGUUGGUGUUUCAGAGUAUGUAGAAACACCAAAAGUUGCAAGUGUGGCUGAGCCACUCCUUUUGAAUGCUGUUCGUGGUGAGAAAGUUGAGAGACCACCAGUUUGGCUGAUGCGGCAAGCUGGGAGGUACAUGAAGGCAGGUUUGGUACAUUCCUUCGCCUCAACUGUGGCCUGCUGGACUCAUUUAUUAACUUUGAUCCAUUAAACUUGUAGUGUUUUGCCAUAUACUUAGUGGACUAUUAUUUCAUUGAUUCCUGUAUGUGUUUUUGGACAAUUAAUUGGAACAGAAGUUUAGUAUAAAUUAGGUAAUUUCUGGAUGGGAGUAUGCUCCUUCUAACAAUAGCAUACGAAUUCACAACAUAGGUCAAUUUUGGAUGUAACUUCUUUCACCUAUUAUAGAUUGGUUGAAAUUGAGAAGAUAGUCAUUUCGGAAAUGUUGAUGCAAAAUAACUAUUGUCUUUGUGGAAUCUACAACUAAAUUCAUGGUGUGAAUUUUUAGAUAGAGCAUUCAUCACAAGGAUCCUAAAAUUGCAACUUGUUCACCUUUGAAGAGGCUGUCAUAAUAUUAUAUGUAACUGAAAAGUAAUAUACGCUUGAAUGAUACAUACUAGGAUUACCUGUUAACUGAAAUUUUGCCAACACUGUUUCUUUUUGUAAUCUGAUUUUUUUUUUGUGCAUUGUUAUUAGAUCAUGCGACUUAAUAUAACUUGUCCUAGACUUCUUGCUGCUAAUUGGUAUUUUAAUGAUGAACAUGGAAAUCAUUCAUCGACUAAGCUAUCAAUUAAACAACAAUUCAUGCAGGUCUACAUGAAUCUAGAACGAUGACAUGCUAAAUUUCCCAAAACAAUUGAUUUUAUCUCAAAUAUCUUUUUUGCAUUCAGAGCUAUCAGUGGAUAUGCGAAAAGUAUCCUUCAUUUUGUGAAAGAUCAGAAAAUGUUGACCUUGUGGUUGAGAUAUCUUUCCAGCCAUAGAAAGUUUUUAAACCUGACGGGAGACAUUGCCAUCGACAAUGGUUGGAUAGGGAAAGGUCCAUAUAGAUGGCUGCAAGUUAUCUUGUUUUCGGAUAUUCUUACCCCUCUUCCUGGGAUGAGUAUUCCAUUUGACAUUGUGAAAGGAAAAGGACCACUUAUAUAUGAUCCUAUUAGAACUGCCGAAGAUGUAGAUCAAGUAACAGAGUUUGUUCCUGAGGAGUCAGUUCCAUAUGCAGGGAAGGCACUGACUAUAUUGCGGGAAGAGGUUAAAGAUGAUGCGGCUGUUCUAGGUUUUGUCAGGGCUCCAUUCACCCUAGCAUCAUAUGUAGUUGAAGGUGGAUCUUCUAAGCACUUUUCGAAGAUAAAGAGGCUGGCUUUCUCUCAGCCAAAGGUUUUACAUUCGUUGUUAUAGAAAUUUACAAACUCUAUGGCCAGCUACAUUAAAUAUCAAGCUGACCACGGCGCGCAAGCUGUACAAAUCUUUGAUUCCUGGGCAACCGAACUCGAUCCUGUGGACUCUGAAGAAUUUAGCUUGCCUUAUUUAAAGCAAAUUGUGGAUUUAGUGAAGAAGACGCAUCCAGAAUUACCAGUGAUCCUUCAUGCAAGCGGGUCAGCUUAGAUUAUUAUUAUUCUUUGCGUUGAUAAUCAAUAUGUAAUCACAUUUAAUAUGAAAAUUUUAUUUUUUCGGUUUAUGCAAUUUUUUUUAAGAAGACGUUACAGAAGUCUCUUCCCAGACAUGAUCGUUACUGGGAAAUUUCCUUU